AUGGAUACCUCGACCGCUAUUUCCACUGCCAAAGUCCUCGGUCCGACUAUCUCACUCGCAACGGCAGGGAUGAUUCUAUCAAUCUCUGCUUUCUCCACACCACUCCUCUCAUCAGAUGCUCGCUCCCAAUCCUCAGAGAAGCCUUCACCCAGCUCAACACUUCCAGCAAUCCGCUUCAUAUUCUCUCGAGGAAGCCACGUUAUUCCUGAAUCUGCUGCUGUAGCAGCUGCCAAUUUUGGAUUCUUGGCUUAUCAUGCUCCUAGCACUGUUGUCAAUGUCCUAGGCAUGGAGAUAGGAAGUAGAGCUGGGUUCAUCGCGGCGGGAGUGCUGAGUAUGGCUAUUGGGCCUAUUACUCAGAUCAUGUUGCCGAUUUGCAAUAACCCCUUGAGAGAGAUGGGAGAGCUGGAAAGACAGGGCAGGGGAAGUGAGAUUAGUGAGGAUGAUCUGAAGGAGAUGGUACAGAAGUUUGAGUGGCUGAACUAUGUCAGAGGUGCGGUCAUCCUCGCUGGCGGAAUGCUUGGCUUGGCGGUGAUUACAGCUUGA